CGAGGAGCUGCGCUCACCGCAGGGGCGGGCCCCCGCCUGUGUUCGCGGCGCCAGCAGAAGACUUAUCUUUGAAAAUAUGUAUUUGGGAGAUAGUCACAUACUAUCGAAUACCUUGUGCUGGUGCUGCCAUCGAAAAAUCUGGUUACAUUCUGGGGAGGCCUGCUACCACUGCAGGACGGAACCACCUCGGCCGUGAGAUGAGUGUCCAGCCUGAGUGGGCACACCAUGAAUAGAUACACAACCAUCAGGCAGCUUGGGGAUGGGACCUAUGGUUCCGUCCUGCUGGGAAGAAGCAUUGAGUCCGGGGAAUUGAUUGCUAUUAAAAAAAUGAAAAAAAAGUUUUAUUCCUGGGAGGAGUGCAUGAACCUUCGGGAGGUUAAGUCUUUAAAGAAGCUCAACCAUGCCAAUGUAGUGAAAUUAAAAGAAGUUAUCAGGGAAAAUGAUCAUCUUUAUUUUAUCUUCGAAUACAUGAAGGAAAAUCUUUACCAACUCAUUAAAGAAAGAAACAAGUUAUUUCCUGAGUCUGCCACAAGGAAUAUCAUGUUUCAGAUAUUACAAGGACUUGCAUUUAUUCACAAGCAUGGCUUCUUCCAUCGAGACCUAAAGCCUGAGAACCUCCUCUGUAUGGGACCAGAACUUGUGAAAAUUGCAGACUUUGGAUUGGCCCGAGAAAUCCGGUCACGACCUCCAUAUACAGACUACGUAUCCACCAGAUGGUACAGGGCUCCAGAAGUCCUCCUGAGGUCUACCCACUACAGCUCCCCCAUUGACGUCUGGGCCGUCGGCUGCAUCAUGGCAGAGGUGUACACUCUCAGACCGCUCUUCCCUGGGGCCAGUGAGAUUGACACGAUAUUCAAAAUUUGCCAAGUGUUGGGGACACCGAAAAAGACCGACUGGCCUGAAGGCUACCAACUCUCAAGUGCUAUGAACUUCCGCUGGCCCCAGUGCGUACCCAACAACUUAAAGACCUUGAUUCCUAAUGCUAGCAGUGAAGCAAUUCAACUCCUGAGAGACAUGCUUCAGUGGGAUCCCAAGAAGCGACCUACAGCUAGUCAGGCGCUUCGAUAUCCUUACUUCCAGGUUGGAAACCCACUUCAGGAUUUGGGAAGACCACAGAAAGAAGUCCUGGAAAAGGCAGGCCCACCUGCUCAUAUUAAGCCAGUCCCUCCUGCCCAGCCGCCAGCCAAGCCACACACACGAAUUUCUUCACGGCAACACCAAGCCAGCCAGCACCCCCAGCAUCUCACCUACCCCUACAAAGCAGAGGCCCCCAGGACUGAUCACCCGAGCCACCUCCAGGAGGACAAGCCAGUCCCACUGCUCUUUCCAUCCCUCCACAGCAAGAAUCCCCAGUCGAAAAUCAUAGCUGGCCUGGAGAACAAAAAUGGAGAGAUCAAGCCAAAGAGUAGGAGAAAGUGGGGCCUUAUUUCCAGGUCAACCAAGGAUUCUGAUGAGUGGGCUGACUUGGAUGACUUGGAUUUCAGUCCAUCCCUCACCAGGAUUGACCUGAAAAACAAGAAAAGACAGAGUGACGACACCCUCUGCAGAUUUGAGAGUGUCUUGGACCUGAAGCCCUCGGAGCCUGUGGGUACAGGAAAUAGCGCCCCCACCCAGACUUCGUACCAGAGGCGAGACACGCCAACCCUGAGGUCCGCUGCCAAGCAGCACUACUUGAAACAUUCUCGAUACUUGCCUGGAAUAAACAUAAGGAAUGGCAUACUCUCGAAUCCAGGCAAGGACUUUAUUCCACCAAAUCCAUGGUCCAGUUCUGGUUUGUCUGGAAAAUCUUCAGGGACAGUGUCUGUAAUCAGCAAAGUAAAUUCAGUUGGUUCUGGCUCUACAAGUUCUAGCGGACUGACUGGAAACUAUAUCCCUUCCUUUCUGAAAAAAGAAAUUGGUUCUGCUCUGCAGAGGGUACAUGUGGCACCCAUUCCAGACCCUUCCCCUGGUUAUUCUUCCCUGAAGGCCAUGAGACCGCAUCCCGGGCGACCUUUCUUCCAUACCCAGCCUAGAAGCACUCCCGGGUUGAUACCACGGCCUCCCGCCGCCCAGCCAGUGCACGGCCGCACAGACUGGGCUUCCAAGUACGCGUCUCGGCGAUGACCGGCAUCUUGUGAUGAAGCCCUUGGUUGGGAGAAGCAGGACCUGUGCCCUCAGCCAAUGGGUGUUCUACCUGCAGGAAACGUGCGGAGGGUCCAGAAGGCAAAUCAACACUUUAUAGUUGUUCUUCUGAACUAAGACAUUUCAAUAUUCUUUUUUAAAGUUUUUUGUUUUUAAUAUUGAUUUGAAUGCAAUACCCUUUUUUGUAUAAAAUUAUUUUAUUCUAAAA